AUGACAGACAGAGAAGUCGUGUUAAUUGAUAUGGACUGCUUCUAUGUGCAAGUGGAGCAGCGACUAGACCCAAGCUUGAAGGGAAAGCCAUGUGCUGUUGUUCAGUAUAAGACUUAUAGAGGAGGAGGGAUUAUUGCUGUUGGUUAUGAAGCACGAGCACUCGGUGUGACCCGUAAUAUGUGUGGAGACGAGGCACAGGAGAAGUGUCCAGAUAUUCAGCUGGCCAGAGUGCCAGAAGUUAGAGGCAAAGCUGAUCUUACCAGGUACAGAGAAGCUGGAGCUGAAGUGAUAACUGUGUUCAGCAAGUUUUGUUCUUGCGUGGAAAGGGCCAGCGUUGAUGAGGCCUUCCUUGACCUCACAGAUGAAGUCUCUCGGAGGUUAAAGGCUUUGGGAGACAGUCAAGUGCUGGCAGGCCAGAUAGCAAACACAUUUGUUGAAGGCUAUGCCAGCUUGGAGGGGACCUCAGAAUGGCUAAUGAAGUUGUAUAGCAACAAAGAAGCAAAUGAGAGUGAGUGCAGGCUGGCAGUUGCAGCAAGUAUGGUUGAGGAAAUGAGAGCAGCGGUGCUGAAAGAGACAGGGUUCACUUGCUCAGCGGGAAUAUCAAAUAACAAGAUGCUGGCCAAGUUUGCAUGUGGUCGAAACAAACCUAACAAACAAACGGUGCUGCCUAUGUCUGCUGUUCAAACACUGUUUGAAACCUUACCUAUACACAAAAUCCGCCAUCUUGGAGGAAAGCUUGGAACUUUUCUUACAGACGAGCUUGGCCUGAAAAACAUGUGGGACUUGACCAAAUUUUCUGAGCAAGAAUUGCAGAAGCACUGUGGAGUCAAGACUGGGAGCUGGUUGUAUGGUGCAUGUCGUGGCAUUGAGACAGAGUCAGUGGCCACCAGAGUUCUUCCCAAAUCCAUUGGCUGCAGCAAAAACUUUCGGGGAAAAGAAAUUUUAGACACUAAAGAAAAGGUCAAGUUCUGGGUGUCUGAAUUGUCUGAGGAAAUGAGUGAGAGGCUGAACCGGGAUAAAGAGUUGCAUAAGAGGACAGCAAAAUCUCUGACGGUCUCUGUGUAUUAUAAAAGUGCAUCCGGGCCUGUGUCAGCUUCUCGUGCCUGUGCUCUUGUCAGGUAUGAUGCUGAGAAGAUCAGUUCUGAUGCCUACUACAUUCUGCAGCAGUUCAAUACAAGUUCAUCCCAUAGUCAGCAAUGGGUGCCACCACUCAUGAACUUGGGCUUGUCUGCUAGCAAGUUUACAGACUGUGGGAAUCAUCAGACAAUUAACUCGAUGUUUCAUUCUGUUCCGUCAACUCAGGCCACAAUAUCUUCCACAAAACAAUCGCAGUCUGUGCCGUCAGCAUCUUCCACGCAGCGGUUCCCCGCUGUCACAGAUAAACACACAGAAACAUUGCUCAGCUCAGAAGAUGUUGAUCUGUUAUCAAAUUCUGACAAGAUUGGAGGUACUGACCAAGAAAGGGCAGUAGACUCCUCUACGGGGCACACACAGCAUCUGUCUAAUCUGCCUGCACCAGGUUUAAAAUGUGUGACAGAAAUUACAUCUAAAAAACAUUCAAACACAGAAAGUUCCAAGAGUUCUGAGGUAGAUGGAGCCACAGGAAAACAAAGGAAUAUCCAGUCAUUUUUUAGCCAGGUUAAAAUGGCAGAAGCAAGUAACGGAGAUAACAAUAAAGGGGAUACUAGUCACUGUUUAGAUCAGACAGGCAGUAAGUUGCUGGAAGUCAACACAGAUACUGAGAUAAGUGAAACUGAUACUAAAGGCAGAGCAUCUGGAGGCUUCUUUGCUAAAAAGUUGAAGGACUUUAACCAGCUCAAAUCUACAAGUUCUUUAACAAAAAAUGAACCAGCUGCCCCGAGCACUGUUUUAGCUUCUGCACAUGAAGCUGAUAGUUUUUCUGAUGGCAGUGAGGCUAUUGAAGCUGAAGACCUUCAUGACAUGGACGCUGAUCAUACUCACUGUAGUUCUAAUGUAUCCAUGAACGUUGAUGACUUUAUGGAAUGUGAUAAAUGUGGGGAGCUUAUUCCAAUCUGGGAAAUGCCUGAACACAGCGAUUUCCAUUUUGCGCUGGAACUGCAGAAAGAGACUAACGAUGCCUCUUCAGCAGCAGCUUUCUCAGGUCGCAGCAUGACAAGCACAGCUACCAAAGCAACAAGUCUUCCAGCAAUAAAGCGAAAGUCUAGCAGCCCGUCAAAUGCUAAAAAAGGAGGUAAAAAGAAAAAAGUGGACAAAUCUGUUCAGCCUUUAACCGUUUUCUUUUCAAAAACAUAA